AUGUCAGAUCAGGAUAUUUUAGACUUAACUGUUAAGAGUGUGUCCGAAUCAGAAGAGGAUGGAGAAAUUGAAAAGGACGAGCCUGAAAAAUACAAAAUAACAAAUUCACCUAUAGAAGAUGAGGAAAGUGAUAGUUCAAGAAAUGAUGAAAUAGGUGAUGAUUCUCUGGAUAUAAAACCACCCCAGGCCACUUUUGCAACUCAUAAAGACCGUGGCGAAAAAAGAGAAAGCCGGAAAAAAGACAGACAUUCACGCAAACAUGAAUCACGGCGUAAAGAAAGGCGUAGAAGCCGAGAAAGAGGUAUGAGAAUGGAAGAACGUGGGAUGCGUUCAGAGAGUCGAAGAAGUCGAGAUCAUGAAUCGCGACGACACCGGCAUCGUGAAGAAUCUCGCAGAGAAAAAGAAGUUAAGGAAAAUAAAGAUGUUAAAGAAACAAGAGAAAUUGUUAGAGAGAUUAAAGAUGUUCGUGAUAGAUUAUCUCAGAGGAAUAGAGAAAAAGUAGUAGUUGAAAGAGAAAAAGAAAGAGAUGAGAGAGAACAGUAUCUCUCAUAUAACACUAAAGUUACAUUCCAAAAAAGUGCUGUGUUAUGUGAAUCCGUGCUAUAUGAACGAAGGACUAAUGCAAAAUCUGGGGUUAGGUUCCAGAAGGAAAGACUCCAAAGAGAGUGGAGGAAAGAACGUCUCAUGUAUGUUGAACAACCAAGGCGCACGAGAGAAGUGCGCAGAGUUGAACCAGAAAAGGGUUUUUUACGAAAAGAAGAUGUUCAUUUUAUUGACGAAAAAGAGUAUGAACUUGAUAAGAAUAAGAAGAGAGAAAGAAGCAGGAGUCCUAUUAAAAAGCCUAUAGAAGAGAAAUUUCAAACUGAUAUAGAAGUGAAGUUGGACAAAAGUAAAAUUGUUGUUGAAUUGUCUCCGGUGAUUGAAGCUUUAAGAGAUGAUAUUGAUCUUGAUAUAAGUGAUCCUGAAGCUGAAGAAAGUGAAGGUGAACAGAAAGAUUCAGCUGAAGAAGUUGAAGAUGAACCCAUUGAAAGUAGCAGCAGCUCAAGCAGUGAUACAGAAGAAAGUACUCAUUCUUCAGAUAGUGAACAAGAUGAAAAAAUGUCAGAUGGUGAAGUUGCUGAUGCAAAAUCAGAGGAGGAAGAACCAGGCCCUGAAAGAAGUGAAGAAGAAAAAGAUAUAUUACCAAUGUCACCACCAAAGCCAAAAGAAGAAGAGAAAGAUCAACUGCCACCUUAUUUACCAGCUAUUCAAGGGUGUCGAAGUGUAGAGGAAUUUCAUUGUCUUAAUAGAAUUGAAGAAGGAACUUAUGGUGUCGUAUACAGAGCUCGUGAUAAAAGAUUAAAUGAAAUUGUUGCUUUGAAACGUUUAAAAAUGGAAAAAGAAAAGGAAGGUUUUCCAAUUACUUCACUAAGAGAAAUAAAUACUCUUCUGAAAGCUCAGCAUCCUAAUAUUGUGACAGUUAGAGAAAUUGUAGUUGGUAGUAAUAUGGAUAAAAUAUAUAUUGUUAUGGAUUAUGUUGAACAUGAUUUGAAGAGUCUUAUGGAGACAAUGAAGCAGCCAUUUCUUGUUGGUGAAGUGAAGACACUAAUGGUACAAUUAUUAAGGGCAGUUGCACAUCUUCAUGACAAUUGGAUACUUCAUAGAGAUUUAAAAACAUCCAAUCUACUUCUUAGUCAUAAAGGGAUUUUAAAAGUUGGUGAUUUUGGAUUAGCUCGAGAAUAUGGUUCACCAUUGAAACCUUAUACUCCUGUUGUUGUGACGUUAUGGUACAGAGCACCAGAGUUAUUGUUAGGUGCAAAAGAAUAUUCCACUCCAAUUGAUAUGUGGUCUGUAGGAUGUAUUUUUGGAGAACUACUUUCAAUGAAGCCUCUCUUUCCAGGAAAAUCUGAAAUUGAUCAGUUAAAUAGGAUAUUCAAGGAUUUAGGUACGCCGAGCGAAAAAAUUUGGCCCGGUUAUUCGGAAUUACCAAUGGUGAGAAAAGUCACCUUUACGGAAUAUCCUUAUAAUAAUUUGCAAAGUCGUUUUGGCCACAAUUUCACAAAACUCGGAUUUGAUUUGAUGAAUAGGUUCCUAACUUACAAUCCCGCCCGCCGAGUGACAGCAGAAGAGGCCCUGUCCCAUGAAUACUUCAAAGAGACCCCACAACUGGUUCCGCCUUCCAUGUUUCCAACCUGGCCUGCGAAAAGCGAGCAGGUUCAUAGAAAGGCCCAGAGCCCCAAACCUCCUUCUGGUGGAAAACAGUAUGCAAGGCAGCUGCAAGAAGACGACGAAGGUUUAAUAGCAAAUGCUAGUGGUUUUCACAUGAAUCUUACACACCAAGGCACGUCUGCCAAGGGUGCCGGUUUUAGUUUAAAGUUUUGAGUUUUGACCAUCGUUUUCCAUCUUGAUUUUUAAAAGUUAUUAGGACAGUAAAAUAUUUUGUUUUUUCCCCUACACGACAUAUAUUCCAUUAUUAAUUAAUAGAUGAAGAUGUGAAUAAUUUAUACAGUACUUGUUAGCAUAAAUAAAUGUGAAUAAAACAGGUUUAUAAAAAAUAUUAUAAUCCUUUUGUUGAUGUUGAAACAGCAUGGCAUUCCAAAUGCACAAGAUUGUAAAAUCAACUGUUAAAGUCGUUAAAUUCUAUAUUUUAUGAAUAUUAAAAUUACAUGUUUUUUUUUAUUA